UUAGUCUAGGGCAGCUGAAACCGGUUUGAGAGGCGGCUGUAGCUGGGCUCCUUGCUUCCUCGGGCCACCUAAGGGAGCGCUGGCGAGGCGCUGACGCUCGGCUCCGUCGGCCGCGGCCCAGGCUCUCGGCGCGGCCCGGAGCGGCAGAAAUUCUAAAAUAAUUCCAUCAGAAUGACACCUUCUCAGGUCACUUUUGAAAUAAGAGGAACUCUUUUACCAGGAGAGGUCUUUGCAAUAUGUGGAAGCUGUGAUGCCUUGGGAAACUGGAAUCCUCAAAAUGCUGUGGCUCUUAUUAAUGAGAACGAGACAGGAGACAGUUUGUUGUGGAAAGCAGUGAUUGCUCUCAAUAGAGGAGUGUCAGUGAAGUACCGCUACUUCAGAGGCUGCUUUUUAGAACCAAAGACUAUCGGUGGUCCAUGUCAAGUCAUAGUUCACAAGUGGGAGACUCAUCUACAACCACGAUCAAUAACCCCUUUAGAAAGUGAAAUCAUUAUUGACGAUGGACAAUUUGGCAUUCACAAUGGUGUUGAGACACUGGACUCUGGAUGGCUUACAUGUCAGACUGAAAUAAGAUUGCGGCUGCAUUUUUCUGAGAAACCUCCUGUCUCAAUUAGCAAGAAAAAGUUCAAAAAAUCUAGAUUUAGGGUAAAGCUUACACUAGAGGGUCUGGAGGAAGACGAUGAUGAUGAUGAUGAUGAUGAUAAGGUAUCUCCCACUGUUCUUCACAAAAUGUCCAACAGCCUGGAGAUAUCCUUAAUAAGUGACAAUGAAUUCAAGUGCAGACACUCACAGCCAGAAUGUGGGUAUGGCUUACAGCCUGAUCGCUGGACAGAGUACAGCAUUCAGACUAUGGAACCAGAUAAUCUAGAACUCAUCUUUGACUUUUUUGAGGAAGAUCUCAGUGAGCAUGUAGUUCAGGGUGAUGUUCUUCCUGGACACGUGGGCACAGCAUGCCUCCUGUCAUCUACCAUUGCUGAGAGUGGAAGAAGCGCUGGAAUCCUUACUCUUCCCAUCAUGAGCAGAAAUUCCAGAAAAACUAUAGGCAAAGUCAGAGUUGAUUUUAUCAUCAUCAAGCCAUUACCCGGAUAUAGUUGUUCUAUGCAGUCUUCAUUUUCCAAGUAUUGGAAACCAAGAAUACCAUUGGACGUUGGACAUCGUGGUGCAGGGAACUCAACCACAACUGCCAAGCUAGCUAAAGUACAGGAAAAUACUAUCGCUUCUUUAAGAAAUGCUGCCAGUCAUGGUGCAGCAUUCGUAGAAUUUGAUGUCCACCUUUCAAAGGACUUUGUGCCUGUGGUGUAUCAUGAUCUCACCUGCUGUUUGACCAUGAAAAGGAAAAAAUUUGUGCAUACACAGAAAUAUGAAGCUGAUCCAGUUGAAUUGUUUGAAAUCCCAGUAAAAGAAUUAACAUUUGACCAACUCCAGUUAUUGAAGCUUUCUCAUGUGACUGCAUUAAAAACCAAAGACCCAAAACAAUCUUUGUCUGAGGAGGAAAAUUUCUUUUCUGAAAACCAGCCAUUUCCUUCUCUUAAGAUGGUUUUAGAAUCAUUGCCAGAAAAUGUAGGAUUUAAUAUAGAAAUAAAAUGGAUUUGCCAACACAGGGAUGGAGUAUGGGAUGGCAACUUAUCAACAUAUUUUGAUAUGAAUAUGUUUUUGGAUAUAAUUUUAAAAACUGUUUUAGAAAAUUCUGGGAAGAGGAGAAUAGUGUUUUCUUCUUUUGAUGCAGAUAUUUGUACAAUAGUUUCUCAAUCUGUAGAUCAUGAAUUCAUUGGGAUAAAUGCCCAUACUGAAGACCUCCUUAGAAACCCAUCCUAUGUCCAAGAGGCAAAAGCUAAGGGAUUGGUCAUAUUCUGCUGGGGUGAUGAUACCAAUGAUCCUGAAAACAGAAGGAAACUGAAGGAAUUUGGAGUAAAUGGUCUAAUAUAUGAUAGGAUAUAUGAUUGGAUGCCUGAACAGCCAAAUAUAUUCCAAGUGGAGCAAUUGGAGCGCCUGAAGCAAGAGUUGCCCGAGCUUAAGAGCUGUUUGUGUCCCACUGUUAGCCACUUCAUCCCUUCUUCUUUCUGUGUGGAGCCUGAUAUCCACGUGGAUGCCAACGGCAUUGAUAGUGUGGAGACCACUUAGGUCACAGUGCACAGAGGACAUUUAGGGGUACACCGCUGACCUCAUGUUCAGUCUUCACCAUUGAGCACUGCUGUUGCCUCUUAGGUUUCUCAGUCCAAUGAAGCAAUAAUGAAGUAUUUUACUAUUUCAUUACAGUUCCCGCAAGAAUAUCAAGUAUGCUAUUUAUCACUUGUCCAGGUAUAAUUACCAAUCAGUCUCUGCACAAUGAGAAAAUAUACUAUUAAACAUUUCAGUGAGAUACCUAAGCCUGUAAUGGUGAAUCUUCAUUAAAAGCAUAAUCCUUGGAAAUUAACGAUAUAAAUAUCUCAUACUUAAAGUUCAGGCUUUUCAUUUGAUUAAGUCUUAAAUCUUCAGUGCUUGAGAAAAAUGAUUGCAUAAUUAUACCUGACCAUGGAAAAACUAAGUACCUCAAUGCAUGCGUUUGCACUGGUGGCUCCAGCUGCACAGGUCGGUGUCAUCCAUGUACAUCGGUAUCUUUACAUGGUUGAUAGGAACAUACACCAUUUUCCUUUAGUAUAAACCUCAGAUUGCUGCCAUUUCCCACCUAACCCAAACCAGCCUGCAGAUAAACCUCAAAAUUUGUCUCAUAAACCAUUCAAAGAUAUUAAAGUUCCAGAAUGCUGCAGGGUAACUUAAUGUAUAAAGUAUUUGUAAGAAGUAUAUAUUGCAUAUAUAGUAGUGUAGAUCAGAAUGUAUAAAUUUGACUCAAUGCAUGCUUUAGGUUUUAAGCAUGAGAUUGUACAUGUUUACUGUUAAGUCCUUGCAUCUGGUGCUAGGUGAGUGAGAUGUCAAGGACAUAAAAUAUUUUGUCGCCUAAAAAACAAAGUCUGUUUUAGACACCGUGUAUGCUUAUUUAGUGACUCACUACCUAGUAAACAUGAUUGCUGUGUGUUACACAGUAGUUAAAUUCCCAUGCAGAAAAAUAAAUGUCCUGAAUUCUCAAAUUGGUAUUCUUUAUUGUUUAAUAUAUAUCAUGUAUGUAAUUUAUUUAGGAAUGUAGAUCUUCAUAUAAAUGCAUGCUUUUAGGAUUAUACUAAGAUCUCUUUAGAAGCAGAUUGUAUUGAUAAAACUGUAACUUCAGAAUGAAUGUUAAAUAAAAUGACAGAUUUAUUUUUUUCCUUGUCUUAAAAUGAAAUUUCAAGAAGGUAUUUUGUAGAAUGGUUUUAUAAUGGUAUUCUGUCUGACAAAUAGAAAUUUUAUUCUGCUUGUAUGGGCCGACUCACCACACUUUCUCAGUGUUCCUGCUGAGGCAGUAUGUAUUGACAUAGUUUGACAGAAGUUAAAAAUGUAAGACUUGAGAUGACAAGUUGUACCUUUUUUUUUUUUUUCCAUUUUUUGACACAACCUGUGUAGCCUUGGCUGUCCUGGAACUCAC